AUGGACGGGGAAAGAAGCGGCUCUCCCAUUGGGCGUCACGGGAUGUUCAAAUUAGUAUGGGAGGCGGUGAUUGGUGGCGACGCGGCGCGGCCCGCCGCCCCCGCCCGGGCGGGUCAUUGUCUGGCGGCUCCUGAGGCGGGUCGGGCGCGGCGGUGGCUUUCGGGUUCGGACGGCGGCGGCGGUACCAUGGCUGGAGGCAAGGCGGGCAAGGACAGCGGCAAGGCCAAGGCCAAGGCCGUGUCGCGCUCCCAGAGAGCCGGGCUGCAGUUCCCAGUCGGCCGCAUCCACAGGCACCUGAAGACUCGGACCACCAGCCACGGGCGCGUGGGAGCCACGGCGGCUGUGUACAGCGCAGCCAUCCUCGAGUACCUGACCGCUGAGGUGCUGGAGCUGGCCGGGAAUGCUUCCAAGGAUCUGAAAGUGAAGCGGAUCACGCCCCGGCACCUGCAGCUGGCGAUCCGCGGUGACGAGGAGCUGGAUUCCCUGAUCAAAGCCACCAUUGCUGGUGGAGGUGUCAUUCCCCACAUCCACAAGUCCCUGAUUGGAAAGAAGGGACAACAGAAAACGGCGUAGAGGAAGCGCAGCACCGAAUCCCCCCGUCAUCGUACUGUACCUGGGCACAGGAACAUCUCGGGGAUACGAGGGAUUUUUUUUAAGGAGUAGUUCAAAGGAAGAGCAUAGAGAGGAUUGACUGUAGAGGAAACAUUGGGAUGGGUUUAGAUUCUGAUAGGACACACUGCGGGCUGUGGGGUGGCAGCUGGGGGGGUGGGUGAGUGGCUCAGCUGCCCCUUUGUUUUAUACAAAAAUGGAACCCAUAAACCAUUUUUUACAAAAA